ACUAUAACAUAAAUUCAGCAACAUAAUCUUCAGAGAUCUCCUUGCCUGAAGUGUCUUAUGUUUCAUAAAGAAAUAACAUAGGUAGUGAUCUAUGAUACUCCCUCUGUUUUUCUUUAAUGAUAAUUUAGAAUGAUUGCAAUCUAUCCUAGUAAGAUUUAGAUUAUGCUACAAUAAAAAAAGGGUAAUUGGAUUUGUCAUGUAAAAUGGUAUUAAUAGGACUGAUAAUUAAAAACCUGUCAUAUCAAUAUAUUACUAACAUAUAGUGAGAUAAAUUAAUGGUCAAGUUUGUGUCCAGAGUUGAUAUCCAAAAUAACAAGAAAAAUAAAAUUACUUUAAAAACAUUUAAUUUCAAUCAAAUAAAAAAGUAAGUGUUUUCUUAAUCUUCAGGACAUGCAUAUAAAAUUAUAAAUAAUCAAAAGAAGGCCUGGAAUAGAGGAAUAUGUAUAAAUAAGAUCAAACAAAUAUGCACAUUCAUACAUAUCUUAUGAUUCUGGUGGAAAAUUCUAUCAUAUAUCCCUACAAGUCUACAACUUGAAAGAAGACAGCAUGCUUCUUGCCACUAUAAAUAGAGGCUCAUCACUCUACAAUGCCCAAUAAGCAACCAAGGGCACAUUGAAGUGCACUAGGUUUUGUCAUUUACAACUAGCCAGAGCACUAAUUUCGGAAAAUAUAAUUACCUGUCCCUCCAAGGCUCCAACCAUGUCUAGGUCUGUGGAGCCUCUUGUUGUUGGGCGGGUGAUCGGAGAAGUUAUUGAUUCAUUCAACCCAUGUACGAAGAUGAUAGUAACCUACAAUUCAAACAAGCUUGUCUUUAAUGGCCAUGAGUUCUACCCAUCAGCAGUUGUAUCUAAACCAAGAGUCGAGGUCCAAGGGGGUGAUAUGCGUUCUUUCUUCACAUUGGUUAUGACAGACCCAGAUGUGCCAGGACCAAGUGAUCCAUAUCUAAGGGAACACCUACAUUGGAUUGUAACUGAUAUACCUGGAACAACGGAUGCCUCUUUUGGACGGGAAAUCAUAAGCUAUGAGAGCCCAAAGCCCAGCAUUGGUAUCCACAGGUUCGUUUUUGUGCUCUUCAAGCAGAAGCGUAGGCAGGCUGUAGUUGUGCCAUCCUCUAGGGAUCAUUUCAAUACACGCCAGUUUGCUGAGGAGAACGAACUUGGCCUUCCUGUCGCUGCUGUCUACUUCAAUGCUCAGAGAGAGACUGCUGCCAGGAGACGCUAA